AUGGGUCUCUUCAAACGCAAGGACUCCAAAAACUCGAUCCAGAGUGAGAAGGACGAACAGGAAUCAUUUGUGUCCGCAAAUAGUGCUCGCACCUCCAAUGCCUCGUUGCGGUCUCCCGGCUACAAGGGCAGCGGGUUACCCGCUUCCAUCCCCGAGCUGUCGAUUGCCAAACCACCCGAUCCAGCCUUAGACCCUGCUGCAUAUCUGCGAAGUAUCCAUGCUGUACGCGAACGGUCCCGUCUGGUCCUGCAAAGGGCCAAGAGAAAUCAACUGAACCACUUCGACGUCGACAUGAGUAAAUUCACGGCCACCGCAUCCUAUAUUGUCUCGAUGAUCAAGAGAGACUACGCUCCCGACUACGAAUCAAUCCCCCCUCAUGGCCGCUGGCAGCAUUUUGACGUGGGUGGCAGGCCCCGUGUCAACCAACUGUUGCAGUCCUGGCCCAGUACAAUCGAUGCGCAGGAAAGAACCCGGCGGUUGAUCGAUCUCUUUGUAGUCUCCGUCCUUCUCGACGCUGGCGCGGGCACUACCUGGUCCUACAAAUCGAAGGAGUCGGGCAAGAUCUAUUCGCGAAGUGAAGGACUGGCUGUGGCUACUCUAGAAAUGUUCAAGACCGGUUUGUUCAGUAGUGAUCCCACAGAGCCAUGCCAGGUGGAUGGUGCGGGGCUGAAGAAGGUCACGGUGGAGGCGUUGGCCAAGGGAAUGCAGCAUUCCGAAAAUAAUCAACUGGCUGGCCUGGAAGGCCGUGCCGGACUACUCGCUCGUCUUUCGGAAGCCUUGAACAACCAGGACUUCUUUGGUGUGGAUGCUAGGCCGGGGAAUCUACUUGGUAAGGACUUAUCCUGGUGGUCUGGCUAUCGUCGGUGUCCGUGCCUUGUUAAUAACCCCCUUUCUGUAGACUACCUUCUCUCUCACCCAUCAACGCUCGCCUCGUCGGUGCCAAUUGUCCCGAUAACCACGUUAUGGACUGUUCUCAUGGAUGGUCUGACCCCGAUCUGGCCCCCUUCCCGGACGCAAAUCGAUGGCUUGUCAAUCGGGGACGCUUGGCCUUGCUCUAGCCUACCACAGUCGCCUCCCGCGCAGCCAUGGGAGAGCAUUGUGCCAUUCCACAAGCUCACCCAAUGGUUGUGCUAUUCAAUCAUGGUCCCGAUGUCGAAGUUGAUGAAAAUUCACUUUGCUGGCAGUGAUCUGCUCACGGGUCUCCCUGAAUACCGGAACGGUGGCCUACUGAUUGACAUGGGGUUGCUGACCCUCCGAGAGAGUGAUUUCCAGCGGGGAAUCGCUGCAUACAAGCAGAAUGCGCAGAUCAAGGGGCAACCGAAUGUGGAGGUGGUGCCUCUUUUUUCGACCGAUGACGAUGUGGUGGUGGAAUGGCGAGCGGUCACCGUGGGGUUCCUGGAUAACCUACUCAUAGAAGUGAAUUCGCAGCUGGGACUGAUUGGAGAGAAUCAAUUGACCCUGGCGCAGAUGCUAGAGGCAGGCUCAUGGAAGGGUGGCCGCGAGAUCGCCGAGGUAUCCAGGCCCAAUACGAAGGAACCCCCAAUCAUGAUCCUCUCCGACGGCACCAGACUCUUGGCUGAUGAAUCCAACCCCUCUGUUCCGUCCUUUCUCUGCUCAGCCCGCCCAGUAACUCUUGCGGGGUACCAACGACCGUCAUUCUGCUCCGCGAACACACCUCCGGGCUGGACAGCCAUGGAUGUGCGGAAGAAAAAGAGAAAGGUGCUACUCAUGGGGAAGAGUGGCUCAGGAAAAUCCUCUAUGCGGUCCAUUAUCUUCAGCAAUUACGUUGCCAAAGAUGUCCGUCGGCUGGGGGCGACGAUAGAUGUGGAGCACAGCCAUGUCAAGUUCAUGGGGAACCUCACCUUGAAUUUGUGGGAUUGUGGAGGACAAGAUGCUUUCAUGGAGACCUACCUCGCCUCGCAACGCAGCAAUAUCUUCUCGGACGUAGCGGUUCUCAUCUACGUCUUCGACAUUGAGUCGCGUGAGGUCGAGCGUGACCUCGACACGUAUAACGCCAUCAUCGCUGCUCUGAAAGAAUUUAGCCCGAAUGCAUACGUGUUCUGCCUCGUGCACAAACUCGACCUGAUCCAGGCCGAGCACCGUCAACGCAUCUAUGAAGAACGAUCCGCCCUCAUCCGCAGCCGCUCCGAGCAUUUCUCCAUUGACACCUUCGGCAGCAGCAUCUGGGAUCAAUCGUUGUACAAGGCCUGGGCCGGCAUUGUGCACCGUCUCAUCCCCAACCUCACCGUCAUCGAACGCUUCCUGCAUGCUUUUGCAAAACGCAUCAACGCUGAAGAGGUCAUCCUCUUCGAGCGCUCCACCUUCCUCACCGUCACCUCCGUGGCCUCCGAAAUUGGUGACCUGAACCCCAUCUAUGACCGCCACGAACGUCUCUCCAACAUCAUGAAGGCGUUCAAGCACUGCGCCGCCCGCAAUACCCAUACUACUCCGGCGUCAGCUGGCUUCGUCGUCAUGCACACCAAAACCCCCCAGUUCAACGUCUUUCUCGGUCGCUUCACCGACAACACGUAUAUCUUCAUGGUUGUCCCACCAGGUGAGGCCGCGUACAACUGCGCCGUUAUGAAUACCAUGCUGGCGCGCGAGGGGUUCUCUAAAGCCGCUGCCACAGGCCAGGGAGAUGGAUUUCCCCUCCCUGCGCCGGAUUCACCGGAUGGUGAAACAGCCUUUAACUCCCAUGGGUAA